AUGCAUAGCAUCAAGCGUUCACCGAUCCUGAAGCUCGUCGCGGCGGUGGCUAUCAAUGUCGGGUUUGUGUUGAUCUGUCAACAGUACUGGAGGGUCACUGACGAUAAUAAUAAUGGGGUUGCUACUGGAGGUGCUGGGGCUGGAUUGGGGUCGAUGCCAGAACAGGUUCUUGUGCAACAGCAUGUUUACCAGCAGCCGCAGGAGCAGAAUCCAUUGAACCAUCAGUAUGCUGCUGGUGUUGAUGAGACGCCUUUGCGGACUUUUGAAGUACCAGAAGAGCUGUAUUUGACGCACGAUGUGGCGAUCCCAUACGACAUCCCGGCCUGGACGGCGGCCGACUCUGCAGCGUUGCGCACAGCAAUAGGCUACGACAUGAUGAGCGACCUCCUCAAACCCGAAUACAGCGUCCACGAACAAGUCACCGAAAAGUCCCAACUCGAUUUCGCCCGUACCAGCCGCGCCGAACGCAUCUACAAAUCCCUCUGGAAUUUCCUCCGACCUGUCUAUAACUCCCUCCCUGGAGAGGAUUCCAGAGAGAAGGAACGCGUCUUUGUGAAGGAAUUAGCACUCAAGCGUGUAGAUGUCGAUUUCUUUCUCCGGUUGGAGAAGCGGUUGUACCCGUUCCUGCACCUCAAACACCGGACUAGUUUCUCGUUGCAAGAUUCAUACAAGGGUAGAGGGAUCGUAUUGUGUGCGGGGAAUAACCAGUUCAAGUUUAUUGUGUCGUCGAUCCAGGCCAUUCGGAGGUUACAACCGGACUUGCCGAUUCAGUUGUUCCAUAUGGGCGAUGAGGAUCUUUCGAAGGAGCGGCAGGAGUAUGUGAGGGAGAUGACGAAUGAUAUUGAGGUGUUGGAUAUCACAGAGUUUUUGGAUAAUGAUUAUAUGAAGCUGGGUGGGUGGUCGAUAAAGGCGUUCUCGUUGUUGGCUUCGAGGUUUGAGGAAGCCAUGCUCGUUGAUUCUGACGCCUACUUUCUGCAGGACCCAGCAAAGCUGUUUGAGGAUCCGGGAUACAAGGCAACGGGAGGCUUAUUCUUCUACGACAGAACCCUCUUUCCCGACUGGCACACUGGCCCAGACUGGAUCCGCUCUAUGAUGCCCAUCAUGUCGACCCUCCCCAACCAACUCCGGUCCUUCAAGGGUAUCAGCACACAUGAGCAGGAAUCCGGUGUCGUCGUCAUCAACAAGAAGACUCGUCUGAAUGGACUCUUGGCGAUCUGCAAGAUGAACAGCAAAUGGGAACGGGAUCUGUUUAGUUAUAAGAUGUUUUAUGGGGACAAGGAGACGUUCUGGGUCGGGUUUGAGAUGGUCCAGGAGCCGUAUUCGUUCAUGAGGACGUAUGGUAGUGUUGUAGGCGAGUUGAGGGAUGAUCCGGUCAAGGAGAUUGAGAAGCUGGAGGCGCGUCUGGAACAGGAAGAUGAUGGAAGGAGUGCGGAGGAGAGGCAGAUGGAUAGGAUUGAGAUCGAGCACCAGAAGAAGCGACCCGUCCUCGAGAAGGAGUCUGUUUGCGGAGCCCAACUGCAUCUCGAUCACCUCGGCCAACCCAUGUGGUGGAACGGUGGGUUGAUGAGGAAUAAGAACGAGGGUGUCCAACGGAUUCUGGAUUUCAAGUACUGGAUGGCCGGUGGAGGGAUGUCGUCGCACAGAGAGAGGAAUGUGAGGGACAAGGAGUUGCAGCGAGAGUUGCUUUGGGAUUUGGGGAAGGCGAGUAUGGAUGAGGUUGAGAGGGAGGAGGAGGAUCCGGAGUGGAUCUUUCAUGAGAGUUGUAUGUAUGGUGGGGAGGUCCAUUUGUUGGAGGAAGGGAAGAGGAGGUUGACGGAGAGUUUUGUGGCGAUGGAUCGGGUUGGGAAAGAGGAUGAGGUGAGGAUCCGGGCUGGGGAGGGAGUUGAUCCCAAGGAGCAUGACUGGACUUCUAUGUCAAUCUUUGGUGCGGUCAGGGUCAGUCAUGCUCAGGCCACCUCACCUCAUGGCAACGCCCCAGCACACAAAGAGUCGGAGUACAUCCUUCGGCCCCUCAGAGCAAGACGCGCUCCUGCACCGUCCUUCUACAAGGGCACCUACAGCGAUUGCAACCCCGAGACCAACACACCUGUUACAUCGACGGCGCUCUUAGGGUAUGGAACACCCUACCUCCUCUCACUCGGGAUCCCAAAGACACUCACCCCACUCGUCUGGCUCGCAGGCCCCCUCUCUGGUCUAAUUAUCCAGCCCGUCGUCGGUGUGUUUAGUGAUUCUUUGGAUUGGAAACUUGGCAGGAGACGACCCUUUAUUUUGAUUGGGGCUGUGCUCACGGUCUGUUCGAUGUAUAUGGUCGCGUAUGCUAAGGAGAUUGCUCAAGCUUUUGUUGGAACUGGAGGUGAAGGUGGGAGAGCCACCGUGGACGAUGGUGCUGAUGUUGAGAGCGCAGUCAAGGCUUGGACAAUCGCACUGGCUGUCAUCGGGUUCUACUGUUUGGACUUUUCGAUCAACGCCGUACAAGCGAGUUGUCGCUCCCUCAUCAUGGACAUCCCACCAACAGACCAACAGGAGGUCGGAAAUGCCUGGUCGGGAUGGAUGAACAACCUGGGUUCUGUGGUCGGCUUUUUUGCAGGCAACCUGGAUCUGGCCAAGUACUUUGCUCCAGUCUUGGGCGACACACAGAUCAAGAUUUUGGCCAACCUGGCAAUGAUCUUCUUCAUCUCGUGUUUGAGUAUUAGUUGUCUGAGCGUCAAGGAAGUUCCCUACAAGCCUAAUGAGGAUGACAAGAAGCGGUCGAUGUGGAGUACGAUCGGGAACAUUUGGAGGGCAUUCAGGACGCUGCCAGGCGAGAUCCAGCGGAUCUGUAAUGUGCAAUUUUUCGCAUGGAUGGGUUGGUUCCCAUUCCUCUUUUACUCCACAACAUGGGUGGGCGAGAUCAUUCAUCGAUAUGACAACAGCCAUGACGGUGAGGGUGGGAACCCAAGCUACCCUGGAGACGACCCGACAGUGACGGAGCGGGCUGGAUCGUUUGCUCUACUUUGCUGGGCGGGCGUCGCUGUCCUUUCGGGCAUUCUGAUCCCAAAGCUGACCCCACAGGAGAUUGGGCAAGAACGGUGGCCAAAGAACCCAUUCACGCUCAAGAACCUUUGGACUAUGUCGUUGGUUUGGUUUGCGGUCUGUAUGGGAGCUACAUGGUUCGUGGAUGAUUUGUGGGCUGCGACUGCUGUGAUCGCGCUGUGCGGAGUUCCCUGGGCUGUGGCCAUGUGGGUUCCCUUUGCGAUGGUUGGCGAGAUCAUUAGUGACAUGAAAGACCGGAUCAUGGAGCAGGAGGCUGAAGACGAGGAGGAGGAAGAUGUUCUGGCUGUUGAUGGUGGCGAGGGUAGUGGAUAUGGCGCUGUGAUUCAAGGAGGCCGCUUUGGAAGCCAUGAUAGUAAUGAGGAGCAUGAACGCAGUAGCAAUCCGGAUACUGUUCAAGAAGACGAGAACGGGAACAGCAGCAGUCGAGGUAAUGGUGGAGGUGGGUCGCUACUCACUGCGACGGAUGACAUGGACACCGAGGAGACUCAGCGGAAACAAACCCACCCGCUACCACGCCAACGACAGAAGGGUCCUCAACUCGACGCAGGAUUGGUUCUGGGUGUCCACAACAUGUACAUUGUGUUCCCGCAGUUCGUGGACGCGAUCAUUGCGAGCUGUUUGUUUGCAGUGAUAGGCAAUGCUGCUCGUCCAGACCAACCGACAGAACCAAGGCUCCCUCCACCUACUACGCCACCACCGCCUGGAAGUGGGGAUCUGGGAUGGAUGAACUGGGCGACUGCGAUGGACCCUGAGCCAGUGGGGUGGGUGCUGAGAUUCGGAGGUAUUAUGGCUAUUGUUGCUGCGUACCUCAGCCGGCGCCUCUAA